AUGUCCAACCAAACCACCCUGACCGAGUUUCUUCUCCUGGGAUUUUCUGAUGUCCGGGAGCUGCAGAUUCUACAUUUUGUGGUAUUUCUAGUCAUUUACCUGGCAGCCCUGGUGGGGAAUCUGGUCAUCAUCAUGGCUGUAGUCUUCAACCACCAACUUCACACCCCCAUGUACUUCUUCCUUGGAAACUUGUCCUUCCUAGAUAUCUGCUACAUCUCUGUCACAGUCCCUAAAUCCAUGGCCAAUUCCUUAACCAACACCAGAUUGAUCUCUUUCUCUGGUUGUGUUGCCCAAGUCUUUUUGGUUCUCACCUUAGCUUUUGCAGAAAUGAUUCUUCUCGUGGUCAUGGCGUAUGACCGCUAUGUUGCUAUCUGUCGUCCCCUACAUUACAGGGUGAUCAUGAACAAGACAAUGUGUGCCCAGAUGGCAUCUGGGUGCUGGAUCAGUGCUGUCCUCUAUUCAGUGAUGCACACGAGUAACACAUUUAGGUUAUCUUUCUGCCGCUCUGAUGUUAUUGGACAGUUCUUCUGCGAUAUCCCACAGCUACUAAAGAUCUCUUGCUACGAUACAUCAGCUAAUGAAAUUUUGGUUAUUGUCUGUGUUUUAUUUUUUGGUUUCCUUUUUGUUGUUUCAAUAUUUGUAUCCUAUAUUCAGAUCUUCUCCAUGAUUCUAAGAAUCCCUUCCGCACAGGGCAAAUACAAAGCCUUCUCCACCUGCCUGCCCCACCUGAUUGUAUUUUCGUUAUUUAUGAGCACCACAAUGUUCACCUACAUGAGACCAAAGUCAAUGUCCUCACUGUAUCAGGACCUGCUGGCUGCUGUGUUUUACUCUGUGGUGCCACCACUGUUGAAUCCGAUGAUUUAUAGCCUGAGAAAUAAGGAGAUAAAAGAUGCCCUGGGGAAAAUGCUACUCAGGAUAGUCUGGAUCAAAAAUUCAUCAUGA